AUGCCUACUGAUCAGAUUAAUACGAACGAGUUGCAGAUCCCUGAGGGUAUCGUUUUAGCCGAUCCUGGUUUUUACGAGACAAACAAAAUAGAUUUACUUCUAGGCGCGGAGAUAUUCUUCGAUCUCAUGUGCAUUGGCCGAGUUAAGAAGUCAAACGGACAACCGACUUGGCAGAAAACCCUGUUAGGUUGGAUAGUAGCUGGCAAGUUAAUCGCUCACAAUCAAGAGCAGAAGAGUACUAUCUGUAGCUUGGUGAUGAAUGAGCAGCUCAAUUUCAGUCUCGUUAAGUUCUGGCAACUUGAGAGCAGCGAAAGGCAAACGACUCGCUCCCCAGAAGAGCGCAUUUGCGAAGGUCAUUUUGCGCGUACCUACAAACGGGAUGAAAGCGGACGUUUCAUUGUGUCAUUGCCUACCAGAGAAGAGCAACUUUCAAAAAUAGGUGAUUCCCGUGAUUUGGCUAUUCAACGUCUCAAGAAGUUAGAGAAGAGAUUCGAGAGGCAACCAACUUUGAAGAAAAAAUACUCGAAAUUUCUUCAGGAAUACCUAGACUUGCAACAUAUGCGAGAAAUCCGACAAGACAACGUCAAAUGGAUGGUACGACCACAGUAUUAUUUACCGCAUCACUGCGUGAUAAAAGAGUCCAGUAUCACCACUAAACUAAGAGUGGUUUUUGACGCCUCUGCUAAAGGUAGCAACGGAAUUUCUCUGAAUGACGCUCUUAUGUCCGGUCCAGUAGUACAACAGGAUCUAUUUUCAAUACUAUUAAGGUUUCGAAGUUUUAAGUAUGUCAUGACUUCGGAUAUUGCUAAGAUGUAUCGUCAGAUAAGGCUGGACGAGAACCAAGUGCCACUGCAGCGUAUCGUUUGGAGAGAGAACCCGACGGAAGAGAUCAAAACAUACGAAUUGUUAACUUUAACUUACGGGACAGCACCAGCAUCAUUUUUGGCCACGAAGGUGAUUCAGCAAUUGGCCGAUAUAGAAGAAGAGCAAUUUCCUAAAGGUGCAGCGAUAGCUAGCUGGGACUUCUAUAUGGAUGACCUUUUGACAGGUGCGGAUACCAUAAAGGAGGCAAUCAUCAUUCGGAAUCAAGUAACAGAGUUACUCGCAAAGGGUGGAUUCAUCUUAAGAAAGUGGACCUUCAACAAUAAAGAGUUACUUAAGGGCAUGCCGGAGUGCGCCGUUGAGCACGUUACUUUAGAUCUAGAUAAAGAUUCCAUCACUAAAACUCUAGGCAUUAAUUGGAAUCCGCAGGAGGAUGCCCUUCAGUAUUUUAUCAAGGUACCUCAUCUUGUAACAUGUACGAAAAGGAUCAUAUUAUCAAGUAUCGCUCAAAUUUUUGACCCGCUUGGGUUAUUAGCUCCUGUAAUAAUCACAGCCAAGAUUUUGAUUCAGGAGUUAUGGAGACUGCAACUAGAUUGGGAUGAGUCCCUACCGGCAGAUAUUUUCUCUAAGUGGGCCAACUGCGUCGAGAAUAUGCAGCAUCUUCAAGCGUUCCGUGUGCCGCGUCGAGUUCUCGGGGAUGGCGACAAGAAGGAGAUCCAGUUACAUGGAUUUAGUGACGUUAGUGAGAAGGCCUACGGUGCGUGCAUCUACUUAAGAAGCUCUGAUCAAAAUGAGAUUCUUCAAUCAUGCUUGUUGUGUGCCAAAUCUAGAGUGGCUCCACUCCGAGCAAUUUCGAUCCCCAGAUUAGAAUUAUGCGGUGCUCAAUUGUUGGUACAAUUGAUGAGCAAAGUCAAGGCGGCAUUGAGCUUGAAUGUAGCUAAGGUUUAUUAUUGGACGGACUCAUCCAUAGUCUUGCAUUGGAUUAAGGCAACGAAUAAAAAAUUGCCUGUAUUUGUCGCUCAUAGGAUAGGCGAAAUUCAGGAGCUGUCAUCAGUUGAGGAUUGGAAUCACGUCGGGACUAAGGAAAAUCCUGCAGAUCUAGUCUCUCGAGGUUCUGAUGCGAGAGAAUUGUGUGAUUCUCUGUUAUGGUGGAAUGGACCGUCAUGGCUGAAAAAUCAUAUUCAAGUUGAUCAACUAUCAGACUCAAACAACUUUGAAGAGGAUCAGUCCGAUUCUUUGAACGAGCAAGUCGUGUUAACGACAAUUCCGCAAUCAUCUGAGAGUUUUAUAAAUAGAUUCUCUACAUUCCAGAGGCUCGUACGUGUUGCAGCCACUUGCAUACGAUUCGCGCGACGAUGUAGAAGAAAUAGACAAGAAUCAUCUCAAGACUUAACUUUAGAAGAGUUGGAAUAUUCCAAAAGGCGUUUAAUCGGAAUGGAACAAUUGUCAGGCUUUCAAUCAGAGAUACAAGCUCUACGAUCAAAUAAGCCAAUUCCUAAGAGUAGUAGUUUAAAAUAUCUUAAUCCUUUCUUAGACGAUGAAGGUUUAUUGCGUGUAGGUGGUAGGUUGCGGCAUGCAGAUUUAGGAUACGAAGUUAAGCAUCAAUGGGUGUUGCCUCAUCAUUCGAGACUAACAGACCUAAUAAUCAUACACGAACAUUUAAGAAAUUUUCAUGCAGGCGCAGAAGCUACGUUAGCUUCGGUCCGUCAAUUCUAUUGGCCUAUUAGAGCGCGCGGUACGGUCAAAGGAUUAUUACAUAAGUGCGUCAAAUGUUUUAGAUCUAGACCGCGAAUUUCUCAGCAGAUAAUGGGCGAUUUACCAGUAGAGAGAAUGACUCCAGCUAGACCAUUUGUUAAUACGGGGGUUGAUUUUUGCGGUCCCAUCUACGUUCGUCCAAGCAAAGGGCGAGGAAUUAAGCGACUUAAAGCCUAUAUUGCAAUCUUUGUCUGUAUGACAGUCAAGGCUGUUCAUUUAGAGAUUGUUUCAGAUCUAAACACGGAGGCAUUUUUAAAUGCAUUUAAACGAUUUAUUAGCCGUCGAGAAAGACCGGCCAAUGUAUAUAGCGAUAAUGGCACUAAUUUCGUGGGCGCCAAUCGAGAUUUGAAUAGAUGCAGAGAGCUUUUGUCCUGCGAAAAAGGACGCAAUAUCAUUGAUUUCUCGAAUUGCGAAGGAAUUAAAUGGCAUUUUACUCCCGCUCGUGCACCGCACUUUGGAGGUCUAUGGGAAAGCGCAGUAAAGUCCUUCAAAGCUUAUUUUUACAAGACCGCAGCGGAUGCAGCUAUGACGUUCGAAGAGGCGUUUACCUUAAUUUCCCAGAUAGAGGCUAUUUUAAACUCGCGUCCUAUAAUUGCAAUAUCAACCGAUCCUAAUGACUUAAAUUAUUUAUCUCCAGGUCAUUUUCUUAUAGGUACUACGUUAACUUCAUAUCCGGAGUUAAAUUUAACCGAUGCAACGAUUGGAAGAUUGUCAAGAUGGCAAAUGAUUGAACAAAUGCGUCAACAUUUUUUGGAAGAGGUGGUCUACCGAAUAUUUAUUCAAUUUGCAACGUCGCAAUAA